AUGCCGGUCUUUUCAGCUAGUGGCGGCACAGCACCUCGCAUGUCCCUUGCGACGCCCGCCAGUGCACUUGAGUUUUGCAACUUGGCACGUCGUACACUCUUUAUCCCAUUCACGGAGCUUCUAGGAGCUCCCAGCUUCAAGUUUAAUUUGCCCGCAGAGGACGGACGGAUCGUCGCAUCGCAGCCAGCUGCCAGCCGUAUGCCCUCUUUCAUUCCCCAGUGCCAGUUCGUUGCAAAGCAACCUCCGCAAAGCAAGCUGCGACUUAGGAGUCCAGCUGCCACCCUUCUAGCUCUGCAUCCUCUCAGAGUCUGCGCGAUCAUUUGCUAG